AUGCGCCAACUCAAAUAUCAUGAGCAGAAGCUGCUCAAAAAGCACGACUUUCUGCAGUGGAAGAAUGAGCACAAUCUGCGUGAAAUUAAAGUGAUGCGGCGCUACCAUCUGCAGGACCGCGAUGACUACCACAAAUACAACGUGCUGGUAGGCAAGACGCGGCAACUGGCUUUGCGUCUAUCGACCCUGCCGGCUGCUGACCCCUUUCGCGCGCAGCAGGAAUCCAUGCUGCUGAACAAGUUGUACGAUAUGGGCCUGCUGGAUACAGGCUCCAAAAUGAGUGAUAUUAUGGAGAAGCUCAAUGUCAGUGCCUUUUGUCGUCGGCGUUUGCCGGUAGUGAUGGUGCGGCUGCAUAUGAGCGAAUCGGUCUCCCAAGCUGUCAAAUACGUCGAGCAGGGACAUGUACGGGUGGGACCCGAUACCAUCACUGACCCAGCGUUCUUGGUGACGCGCAAUAUGGAAGACUUCGUGACAUGGGUCGACACCUCCAAGGUCCGCCGUGCCAUUGCGAACUACAACGACGAGUUGGACGACUUUGAUCUUUUGUAA